CCGUGGCGUAAGGUCACAAGAACAGACUGUGUGGAGCCACUGGCAAAGGCAGUAACCACAAGGUUCGUCUAAAAGUUAAUGUGCAUUCGUAAGAGCAGAGAGCUAUAUGGUCACCAUGGAGCGAGCUACAAUCCUACUAACUGUCUUUGGAGCUUUACUUCUUUGUGUCACCUCAUUGCCAGCCAAGAAGGAACAAGAUGUUAACAUCUACAGCUUCCACAUAAAUUCUACUGUAAACAGCCGCUACGCCUUCACCGUCAUCACAAGCCGUGUGGCGAACAGACUCAAUGAGUCCAAAGAGGUUCACUUCCAGGUCAAGAUCCCAAAAAAUGCUUUCAUCAGCAAAUUCAGGAUGACCAUAGAGGGAAAGACGUAUGAUGGAGUUGUGAAGCAGAAAGAAGAAGCACAGCAACAGUACAGUCAAGCAGUAUCUCGAGGAGAAAGUGCCGGGCUUGUCAGCUCAGUAGGAAGGACUCUGGAGGAGUUUAAAACCUCAGUGACAGUGGCGGCUUUCAGUAAGGUGACCUUUGAACUCACCUACGAGGAGCUGCUAAAGCGACGACUUGGCAAAUACGAGUUACGAAUCAAUGCCCAACCAAUGCAGCCUGUGGCAGAUUUCAAGAUUGAUGUCUACAUUAAUGAGCAUCCAGGUAUUUCCUUCCUGGAGGUAAAAGGAGGGCUGAAAACUCAAGAGCUGUCCAGUGCUGUAAUCAGUACUCUAGCUGCAUCUACCAAAGAGGCAUGGGUGAACUUUUACCCCACUCGCGAGCAGCAAACAAAGUGUGAAGGUUGUGGAGAAAAUGGACUAAACGGAGACCUGCUCAUAGAGUAUGAUGUGAAGAGACCAAACCAAAAUGGAGAACUGCAGGCAUCAAACGGCUAUUUCGUCCACUACUUUGCACCUACAGAUGUUCAGCAAAUCCCAAAAAAUGUGGUCUUUCUCAUCGACCGAAGCGGUUCUAUGAAAGGCAGAAAAAUUCAUCAGACUCGUUUGGCAAUGCUGAAGAUUUUGGGAGAUCUGGCUGGAGAUGACUACUUUGGCCUGAUCACUUUUGACAGUUCUGUACAUGACUGGAAACCUGAACUUCUCCAAGCCACAGAGACAAAUGUGCAGAUGGCAAAGUCCUUUGUGAGAGAAAUUGAUGCUCGUGGAGGCACAAACAUCAAUGAAGCCGUGCUAAAAGGGGUGGAAAUGAUCAAAAGCCACCCACGACUGGGCUCUGCCUCCAUCCUCAUCCUGCUGACUGAUGGAGACCCCACUUCAGGUGAAACAAACACAGAGAGAAUUCAGGAAAAUGUCAAAAAGGCCAUUGGUGGUAAAUUUCCACUUUACUGCCUGGGGUUUGGAUUUGACGUAAACUUUGAUUUCUUGGAGAAAAUGGCUCUGGAAAAUGACGGAGUUGCUCGCAGGAUCUAUGAGGACUCAGAUGCUGACCUCCAGCUACAGGGGUUCUAUGAGGAAGUAGCCACACCGCUCUUAACUGAUGUCCAACUGAACUAUAUCGGAGCAGCAAAUCUCACCCAGACCAGUUUCAGGCAGUAUUAUAACGGCUCAGAGAUCGUGGUAGCUGGGCAAAUCACAGACAACAGCCUGGAGACUUUCCAAACUGAGGUCAUCGCAAUCUCAAAAAACACAAAUGUAACAUAUCAGGACUCCGUGUCGACAAAAGACGUCGCUGAUGUUUUACCACAGCAUGAAAACUUUAUCCAGAGACUGUGGGCUUAUCUUACAGUGAAACAGUUCCUGGGGAAAGAAGUGACGCUUAAAGGAGAGGAGAAAGAAGCAGCAAGGAAAAAAGCUCUGGAUCUCUCUCUGAAGUAUGAAUUUGUGACUCCACUCACCUCCAUGGUGGUCACUAAGCCGCAGGAAGAGGAGACACAGGUUGCUCAUAAACCCAAAGAAGGGGAAGAGCCACCCACACAUUCUGGCAGGACAAGGGUUCCAUCUUAUUCUGCACGACAGCCAGCAGUGCAUAAAAGAAGACCGCACUUUUCCAGUGUAUCGUAUAGACAACGGGGGUUAAGUCAAGUUGCUCAACCAGAACCAGCUUUGUCAGUGAAGCAAAGAUAUAAAAAGGCAAGAUGUCCGGUUUAUCAAGGCUGGAUGGACACUUCAUUAAGAAAAUUUGCAGUUCAGUCAGAAAUCACCCUGCUGUCUCCGGUUGUCUCCCUGUUGUCUCCGGUUGCCAUGCCAACACAGGCUGAGCAACCCAAAAAGACUCCCACCACUCUCCCUCCAGUGAGGUUCUUGAUCUCUGCACAGCCGAAACCAAUCUGUUACAACGCACCUGUAGGCCAUAAACUCCGCCUCCUUUUGGACACCUCAUCAGAUCUCUCUAUGAAUGGUGAACUCUCAGAGAAAGGCUUUCAGCUGAUCGCUGUACAUUACAAAACAGCAAAGCUUCUCGUGAGCCCUACUGAAAGUGUCUAUUCUGAUGGAGAGAACAAUGUGAAGCUUAUUUGGGGGCAGUCUGCGGCCAACAGACUCGAGUUAGACAGUGUGUCAGUAUUUCUGAGGGACAAUGAAUUAGACGUCACCAUGGGAUCUGUGCGUGUUGUUUUUCUCCUCCACAAGAAAGACGGGGAGGUUUUUCUGUGGCCUUCUAUUCGUCAUCAACCAAAGAAGGCUAAAACACAGGGCAUUCUGGAAAAAACUGAUCUUCAAUAUGAGGAGUUACCAGGAUCAAAAAUUAAAAUCAUGGAUCAGGAAGUGAUGGCACACUUGAGCUCUGCCUUCGACUACGGACUUCCUGCAGUUCCUACUGUGGAAUGCUGGCUUGUACCAUUCCAGUCUGCUCUGCAGGGGGAGCUUUCUGACUUCACUGUCUCUCAGCUGUAGAACUGUGUGAUAGACGGAGUAUCCCUAAUUUGUAAUAAUAAUCAUUUCUCUCCUCACAAUGCAGAUGUUAAGGAUGCUCUGUUGAAAUGAGAUCUCUACAGAUGAAGUGUAAUAAAAGUAUAAAGAGGAAACUAACAAA